CAGGCUGCCACCUACUUGGACGACUCGAGCAGCGCGGACGGUUACAGGGAGCAUCCCGACCGGGACACACACGGGGCAGCCAGGCGCCGAGCAUCGAGCCGUCGGGGCGGACGGCAACAUCCAGCCAUGCGGGUGGCUGGAGGCGCGCGGACCGCCGCGCUGGCGCUGCUGCUCGGGGCGCUGCAUGGGACUCCGGCGCGCGGCCAGGAGUACGACUACUUUGGCUGGCAGGCUGAGCCGCUGCACGGCCGCUCCUAUUCCAAGCCACCGCAAUGCCUCGACAUCCCCGCCGAUCUGCCACUCUGCCACACGGUGGGCUACAAGCGCAUGCGACUGCCCAACCUGCUGGAGCACGAGAGCCUAGCCGAGGUAAAGCAGCAGGCGAGCAGCUGGCUGCCGCUGCUGGCCAAGCGCUGUCACUCGGACACCCAGGUCUUCCUCUGCUCGCUCUUCGCGCCCGUCUGCCUAGACCGGCCCAUCUACCCGUGCCGCUCUCUGUGCGAGGCCGUGCGCGCAGGCUGCGCGCCGCUCAUGGAGGCCUACGGCUUCCCCUGGCCCGAGAUGCUGCACUGCCACAAGUUCCCCCUGGACAACGACCUCUGCAUCGCGGUGCAGUUUGGUCACCUGCCUGCCACCGCACCUCCAGUGACCAAGAUCUGUGCCCAGUGUGAGAUGGAGGACAGUGCUGACGGCCUCAUGGAACAGAUGUGCUCCAGCGACUUUGUGGUCAAGAUGCGAAUUAAAGAGAUCAAGAUAGACAACGGGGACCGGAAGUUGAUUGGAGCCCAGAAGAAGAAGAAGCUGCUCAAGGCAGGCCCUUUAAAGCGCAAGGACACCAAGAAGCUGGUCUUGCACAUGAAGAAUGGUGCAGGCUGCCCCUGCCCACAGCUGGACAGCCUAACAGGCAGCUUCCUGGUCAUGGGCCGCAAAGUGGAGGGGCAGCUGCUACUUAUGGCUGUCUACCGAUGGGACAAGAAGAACAAGGAAAUGAAGUUUGCAGUCAAGUUCAUGUUCUCAUACCCCUGUUCCCUCUACUACCCUUUUUUCUACGGGGCAGCUGAACCCCACUGAAGGGCCCGCCUCCUUGCCCCAGCCAGCCAGCUGUGCCUUGCCCUCUGUCCCUGCCCACCUGGCCUCACCCCCACUCCCAGGCUGACCCAGUCCCUGGCAAAGGUGUCUUUACGCAACUACUACUUGCACAGGCUCCAAAGGACAGCAUAGGGCUACCCUGCUUGUCUGAAGGGUCCUGGAAUCCUGGGAUCUAUCAGGGGCUCCUCCCUCAUAAGAGAGGCUUUCUCCUUUGGAGGGGGGAACCCCCCCCCCGUGUCUGAGAAAGCAGGCAGAGAAGUGUGAAGGAAGGAUGCAGGGCCUCCUGCAGCCUGGGGAGGGCAUCUCCAGGAAGAACAGUGGGUCUCACGGUUAAGAGGGACCUCAGUGCUUAAAGGACAGCUUUCCUCCCACUCUGUGUCAUCAUGGGCCUCCAAAGAAAAGAGUCAGGCCUCCAUGUCCUCCAGCCACACCCGCCUCUCAUCUGGAGCCCCGCUGGACAGGAAAGCCGGAUCAGCAGCUGCUGCAGACAUUGUCACAUAGACUUGUUUCCUAGCUCUUGCCUCAGCCCCCCACACCCUUGCGUCCAACCACAAUAAAUUAUUGCUACUGCUGUGAGGCCA